GACAGACAGACACACUCACACUCACACUCACACCUCUGCCACGGGAUACACACUCACACUCACACACACACCUCUGCCACAGGAUACUCCUGCCACUAGUCUACCAAGAGUUAGAAGGACACUAAAGAGCUACGAGUGUGUUAGAGAGAGGAAAUUCUAACUGCAGGCUUCAGGUUAACAACAGGUUAACCAGUGCAGAUAUUUAAUACCUGCAGCAGUCUACACCUGUCAGGAAAUAAACGUUUAUCUUAAGAGUGAUCAGAGCUUUUUCCAAGAUAACGGUUUUCCUCCAAGAAGCUCCCAGGAUUUCAACACUUAACGUAAGCUGUUUUCUCAACAAAGCACAUCGCUUACAUUCGGAUACACAUCGGACCAAAACUUCCAGGAAUCUCGCUGCCUUCUACGCAAGACUCUCACGCUUGGCUCCGGCUCUUGGACAGGAGUAGGAAUCUCCGCGGAGGAGGGCGGUGAGUUGAAAAGAGCCGCGCAGAGUCCGCAGCGGAGGAGAGGAGAGGAGAAGAGAGGAGAAGAGAGGAGAGGGAACCACCAGGCGCCGUGUCCACUGUCUUCCGUCAUGAGUCUGGCAGGCACGUUGGAGAAGGGGGCCCACCACCAGGCCCUGGACCUGUCUGAGGAGUUGCCCCCGCACUCCCACAACAACCACCACCACCUCCACCCGCACCACCACCACCACCACCUCCAGCUGCAGCUCCAGCAGUCCAACUCCCUGGCCUCCACGGCCCCAGCCGGGACCCCCGUCAGCGGGUCGGGCGUGGUGGUGCCUCCACCGUACUCCCUGGGCGAGGGGGGGUCCGUGGGCGGCGGCGGCGGGGGCGGUGGGGGCGGCGGGGGUUCGGACGCUCCGCUGGAGCUACGCGGCUCGCUGGACUGCUGGGCGUGCUCCGUGCUGGUGACCGCUCAGAACCUGAUCAUCGCCGCCAUCAACGCCUGCCUGGCCGGAGUGGUGUUCGGUGUGAUCCUCACGCCCGCCAUCGUCAUGGUGGUCUUCGGGUUCCUCUGCCACUCCACGGUGCGCCCCCACGGCACGGCGGACUACUGCUCUGAGCUGCUGACGGACGGCGGCUGCGUGGCGCUGCUGGUGGUGGGCUUCCUGCUGGUGACCCCUCUGCUGGUGCUGGCGCUGGCCGCGUACUGCCGCCUGGCGCGCCACCUGCAGCUGGGCCUCUGCUUCAUCCCCUACAGCCGCGCCGUCUACAAGAACCUGCCCGCCGCAACACACCGCGGCAUAGGGGGAGGGUGCUGCGGACCCAGGCCCAGCAAGAGCGAGCAGGGCAAGGGGAAGGUGUGGGUGUGAGGUGUGUGUGUGUGUGUGUGU